AUAUAAGCAGCUGCGCAAUGACAACACUAGACAACAAAGACGACUAGAAACAAAGUCAUUUCAAGAAGACACACUCAGUCGACUUAUUGCUUGACUUUUUAACAUCAAUUUAAAGUUUUCUCUACAAAUUGAGGAUGCCUUUUCUCGGACAGGACUGGAGGUCACCGGGUCAGAGCUGGGUUAAAACUGAAGAGGGAUGGAAAAAGACAACUACAGACGAUAAAAACAACAAUUUGUCGGUGCAGAGCUUCUGCAAAGCACAAGAGGAGGAGGAGGAGUGCUUCAACAAAGAGAACCUGCUCAUCUCGCUCAACUAUGAUCUGUCUGCCAAAAAGAGAAAAAAGGACCUAAUGAACAACAAUACCAAAGUACCCUAUUUUCACAUGGAGAAGUGGAUUUAUGUUCAUAAAGGAAGCACCAAAGAGCGCCAUGGCUACUGCACACUGGGAGAGGCCUUCAACCGCCUGGAUUUCUGCAGCGCCAUCAAGGACACCAGAAGAUUUAAUUACAUUGUCAGACUCCUGGAGCUUAUCGCCAAGUCCCAGCUCCCCUCACUCAGUGGAGUUGCUCAGAAAAACUACAUGAAUAUUUUGGAGAGAGUGGUGCAGAAAGUCCUGGAUGACCAGCAGAAUGUGCGUCCCAUAAAGGAGCUGCUGCAGAGCCUGUAUGUGUCCCUCUGCAGUCUGGUGCAGGACAUGGGCAAGUCGGUCCUGGUGGGGAACAUCAACAUUUGGGUGCACCGCAUGGAAAACAUCCUGCAGUGGCAGCAGCAGCUGGACAACAUCCAGAUCAACAGACCCACAUCCAGCGGUAUGACCCUCACUGACCUGCCUGACAGCCUGCAGCUCAAAAUUAUGGACAGUCUGUCGGACGGGCGAGACCUGGUCAGUUUGGGACAGGUGUGUCCAGACCUGGGACGGCUCACUGAGGACCGCCUGCUCUGGAAGAAACUCUGCCAGUACCACUUCACAGACAGACAGAUCCGUAAGCGCCUGAUACUCUCAGACAAAGGUCAUCUGGAGUGGAAAAAGAUGUACUUUAAGCUGAGCCGUUGCUACCCGCGCAGAGAGCAAUACAGCGAUACCUUACACUUCUGCACACACUGCCACAUCCUUUUCUGGAAGGACACAAACCACCCCUGCACAGCCAAUAACCCAGAGGGCUGCACUGUGGCACUUUCUCCACAAGACUUUAUCAACCUUUUCAACUUCUGAUGCCACAAAUACAGAUCUAUGUUGUACAUAAUGUACAUACCUGUACAUGUUUUUUGUUAACAGUAAUACUCCAUUUGUAUAUUUUGACUUUGUUAAGAGGGAGAAUGUAAUUUGGUUUCUUUUGAAAAGGUCUGGUGGGUUUAAGAUGUUUACCAUUGGAAGCAUGAGAGGGAAAACAAUGGCAUAAAGGUGCAGUUUGUGAAGAAUUGAGUUUUAGGUUAACAGAAACUUGUGUUUUGAUUAUUUAAACCAAAAAAGUUCCUUUUUAUGUUGAACUUACAAAGGGAUGUUAAAUGUUGCCAUGUGCUAGAUUAUGUAGGUUGGCGCUGGCACAAGGUCAUGGAAGAUGAGUCAGUGAAUGUAAGGAGGUGCUCAUACUAUUAUGUUAAUAUUGCAAUAUAUUUUGUAAUUAACUUUUUCACUUUUAUAUUUUUCUAUGAACUGUGUGUUUAUACAAUGUGAUAACAGCUUUUCUGAACACAGAUUGUAGAUACUAUAGUAGCAACUAUAGUCUUGGACUGUUGUGUGCCUUGUCAUGACACUUUUAAUCGGUACACUUUAAUUUUUGCAUUAACAUGAGCAACAAAUCUGAUUUACACUUAAUAGUAGUAUAAUUACUGGGAUUUAAUACCAAAGUUUGUGUUUACCAUCAUGCAUGUUUCGUUUUUACCCAGUUCAUUGUGUUGUUUACCUGUUUGUUGGGAGUAGCUCCACUUGCACUUUGUGUUUAUAUAUGUAGGCCUUUAUGGACCUGAACUCUGAGGAAAGAAAAUAAUUCUAUGUAUUUCAAUAUUUAUGUUACAUUAAAUAAAUGGAAAUAUAAACAAUAUAA